GAGAAGUUGAGUUACACGUCAGAAUGUAACCUGUACUGGUGACUGGACGUGUACGGUGACCUCAGCAGUUUCUGCGUGUCAGCUGAUCACAGAUUCCGGAUGUCAUGGAACGUGUGGUGGAAAUGGCGAACGACAAUGGUUUUUCCAUUGCUGGCCCCUCCACCACCCCCCGCAAACGCCAGGUGCGAUUCUCCGCCCGCCACGACAUCAUGCUCCUGCGGGAGGUCAUCGUCCAGAACCCGUUCAGGUCCAAGGAGACGGGCCGCUCGUGGGGCCGCGUGGGCGAGAUCAUCACGGCCGCCCUGCAGGACGAGAACUUCGAGGUGGACUCCCGGCGCUGCCGUGAGAGGACCAUGCUGCUGCUGGACUACUACAAGAAGCAGGACUUCGCCAGUUUGCGGAGGUUUGGAACCGAGCGGCUGUACGCGCAGAAGGAGGACCUGCUCCACGAGGUGCUGGAGCUGGAGGCGGAGAAGGAGAAGGAGAAGGAGAAGGAGAAGGGGCUGGUGGGGAAGGAGGAGAGCAAGUACCAGGACGAGGAGCUGAGGAAGCGGGUCCUGGAGGAGCUCAGCAUGCCGGAGCAGGACAAGCCCAACCUGCUGUCUGGCACAGAGCCACCUACAGUGGUCACGACCCCGGAGCCGGAGGAGGCGGAGGGGGUGGAGGAGCUGGUGGAGCUGGCGGCGCCCACGGCCAAGCGCGCGUGCCAGUGCUGCUGCCAGACGUACUCGGAGAUCCUGAGCUUCCUGGAGAAGCGGGCGGAGGCCGAGCAGCGCCUGCGCGAGGAGGAGGUGGCGCUGCGGCGCGAGGAGCUGGACAUCCAGCGGAGCAAGAUCGCCCUGGAGCGCGAGAGGCUCGCCGCCGAGCGGAGGGAGCGCGAGCGACGCUUCGAGCUGGAGAGCCAGGAGAGGCAGGUCAUCCUGGACCUGCUCCGGGAGAAGGUGCUCAAGAACCCGGAGCCCGCCAGGGGGAAGGAUGCCGAGGGCUGAGGACCAGAGGAGGACAUGCCGGUUCCGGAAAAGUAAAAGCCCUGCCGUAUAUUCUCUCUACCUGUGCACUUAACACAGGUGAUGAUCUGAUCUACCAGGUAAUGAUCUGAUCUCCCGCCCCACAGGUAAUGAUCUGAUCUACCUGGCUGCUAAUUUGGAUGAGCUGGUUUACUAAACGGUUGGAUCAAAUACUUGGCAGGGCUUUUACUUUCUGAACCCGUGGGUGUCCGUCUCUGUUGAGGACUGAGGGACCGCGAUGACCACUGGGCCUGGAACAGUGAGAGAGAGAAUGAUUGGGGGGAUGUGCUCUGAGACAAAUCAGAGGUUUUACACAAUGCUGCAGAGAUUUUGUGGGCCCACACAGACCUGUUUGUCACACCAUCCUGGAACAGUUUGAGGAAUAAACCAUGUUGACAUUUCAGAAGGGCUAUAUGAUGUGUUAGAAACCAUCUUGAACUUAAUGGGAAGAAGAUUCUUUAAAAACAAUUCUCACCUUCUAUGCCGAACAUUGUUGAAGACUUUUAACCUUGUGGUUGAUGCCUAAAACCUUUGCCAGUUCACAGUUUGGACAGUGUUUAAAAUGCCUUUUCCUUUCACUCCUACAAUGCUGGGUAAUUGUUGCCUUUAUAAAUAAAUGUAAUUAGAAUUAGCCUGUCCUUUAUUUUUGUAACUUGUUGUUGUGUUGUUUCAUUAAAUUGACAUAGUCACA